AUGAACUGUCGAAUAAAAACAAGCUACCGCCGUUUGUUGCAAAAUCGUUUUCAGAUAGUCAACAACAACAACAACAACAACAACAACUAUCAGUACAAAAGCAACCAGUACAGCAGUCAGCGCAGCAACCUGUACAACAACCUGUACAACAACCUUACAACAACAUGUGCAACAACCUGUUCAAAUCCGGAACAACAACAACUGCAACAGUCAAAUCCGGAACAACAACAACCGCAACCGUCAAAUCCGGAACAACAACAACCGCAACCGUCAAAUCCGGAACAACAACAACCGCAACCGUCAAAUCCGGAACAACAAUCGCAAACGUCAAAUCCGGAACAACAACAACCGCAAACGUCAAAUCCGGAACAACAACAACCGCAACCGUCAAAUCCGGAACAACAACAACCGCAACUGUCAAAUCCGGAACAACAACAACCGCAACCGUCAAAUCCGGAACAACAACAACCGCAACCGUCAAAUCCGGAACAACAACAACCGCAACCGUCAAAUCCGGAACAACAACAACCGCAACCAUCAAAUCCGGAACAACAACAAUUGCAAACGUCAAAUCCGGAACAACAACAACCGCGACAGCCAAAUCCGGAACAACAAAAACCGCAACCGUCAAAUCCGGAACAACAAAAAUCGCAACCGUCAAAUCCGGAACAACAACAACCGCAACCUUUCAAUCCGGAACAACAACAACCACAACUUUCAAAUCCGGAACAACAACAACCGCAACCAUCAAAUCCGGAACAACAACAACCGCGACCGUCAAAUCUGGAACAACAAAAACCGCAACCGUCAAAUCCGGAACAACAACAACCGCAACCGUCAAAUCUGGAACAACAACUAAUUUGCAUGGUAUACUAAGUACUUAACUGUAGCAGCCCUGAGCACCUGAAACAAACGGCCCCCCACGUGUUAGACCUCCUCAUAUC